GCAUUUACUUACUGGAAACACUAAGCAAUGGUAAGUGGAAAAGACGUGCAAUUUGUUGGCCUUCCCAUUAUCUUCUGUUUCUGAAAUACCUAAGUAGCUGACAGGUAUCUGCCACCAGAUAUUUUCAGCUGACUGUGAGGCCAACACGUCCAGGGAACUUUAGUUCUGACUGUACACGGCUCCUAAUAGUCUUUUGCUGCUUGAUUCUGUUAAGAAAUCCCCGAGGGCCUCAAAUGUUCAGGGACAGCAUUCUUUGUCCUUUCCCCAUCUAGGCAAGGGCAACUGCCAGCCCCCCUGCCUUGUAUACGCCAGGCUCCCUCCCACCCCUAUACAUCAUUUGCUGCUAAUCACCUAACCUAAGUGAUGCCUUUGUUCUCACUGCCUUCCCAAGUAGCUUUGGGUUGCAUCAGCAACUUCGUAGCUGACUGGAUCUUGUCUCCCCCCAGAGACGCACUCGACCCCAUGGAACUGGCAGAGAGGGAAAGAAAGCCCUAGCCGUGUGGAGCCCUCUCGCCUCAGAGUUACUGGACUAAAUCCCCUACAUCCAACAGCCUCCUUUGGAGCUGAUUAUAAUUUAAAGACCAAUUUCAAACUGGCAAAGGGAGGACCACUUUAAGUUGUUCUGACAUACAGUGGGAGUUGGCAGCAUGAAGUGAACUCCACAACUAAAGUGGCAAGCUCAGGAAAAUGCAAAAAUAGUACACUCCGUGGAAGAAGGAGAAAAGAAGUCAACUUCAAGCGGAUUGACUUCAAUCAGGACCUCAUUUGGGAAGCAUCAGUGUUCAAUAAACUAUUAUUUUUUUAUUUGGAAAAUACUCAAGUUCAGUGGCUUUAUCAUCCUGGACUUUACUUUCUGAAAACCUGGCAAUCCCAUGUGGACUUCUGGUAGAAUGAGCAAUGCAAAGAGCUGGCUUGGACUCGGCAUGUCCUUGUACUUCUGGGGAUUGAUGGACCUUACGACCACCGUUCUCUCAGGAACACCAACACCGCCAGGCGAAAUCGAAGUGCUCCUGUCAGACAAGCCACAGUCACACUUGCGGACAAAGAGGAGCUGGGUUUGGAACCAGUUUUUUGUUCUGGAAGAGUAUACAGGAACCGACCCUUUGUAUGUCGGCAAGCUUCAUUCAGACAUGGACAGGGGGGAUGGAUCCAUCAAAUACAUCCUCUCAGGAGAAGGCGCAGGCAUCGUAUUUACCAUCGACGACACCACAGGAGACAUCCACGCCAUCCAGAGGCUUGACCGAGAGGAAAGGGCCCAGUACACUUUAAGGGCUCAAGCCCUGGACAGGCGGACAGGCCGACCGAUGGAGCCAGAGUCAGAGUUCAUCAUUAAAAUCCAAGAUAUUAAUGACAACGAGCCCAAGUUCCCAGAUGGACCUUAUGUCGCCACUGUGCCAGAGAUGUCGCCAGUGGGGACUUCUGUUAUCCAGGUGACAGCCACAGAUGCUGAUGACCCAACCUAUGGGAACAGUGCCCGGGUGGUGUACAGCAUCCUCCAGGGCCAGCCAUAUUUUUCUGUGGACUCCAAAACAGGUGUAAUUAGGACAGCACUCAUGAAUAUGGACCGAGAAGCCAAAGAAUACUAUGAAGUGAUUAUCCAAGCCAAGGACAUGGGAGGGCAGCUCGGAGGAUUAGCUGGGACCACAACGGUCAACGUCACGCUCUUGGAUGUCAAUGAUAACCCGCCCCGCUUUCCCCAGAAACAUUAUCAGAUGAGUGUGUUGGAAUCAGCUCCAGUUAGCUCUACUGUGGGGAGAGUGUUUGCCAAGGACUUGGAUGAAGGAAUCAAUGCGGAGAUGAAGUACACCAUUGUGGAUGGAGAUGGAGCAGAUGCCUUCGACAUCAACACAGAUCCCAAUUUCCAAGUUGGCAUCAUAACUGUGAAGAAGCCCCUGAGUUUUGAAAGCAAGAAAAGCUACACCUUAAAAGUGGAGGGAGCCAAUCCUCACCUAGAGAUGCGUUUUCUGAACCUAGGCCCGUUUCAGGACACAACCACAGUGCACAUCAGUGUGGAAGACGUGGAUGAGCCCCCUGUGUUUGAACCUGGCUUUUAUUUUGUGGAGGUACCUGAAGAUGUGGCGAUUGGAACAACCAUACAGAUCAUUUCUGCCAAGGACCCAGAUGUGACCAACAACUCAAUCAGAUAUUCCAUUGACAGAAGCAGUGACCCUGGAAGAUUUUUCUAUGUUGACAUUACAACAGGUGCCCUAAUGACUGCGAGACCCCUUGACAGGGAAGAGUUUUCCUGGCAUAACAUCACUGUCCUUGCUAUGGAAAUGAACAAUCCUUCCCAGGUUGGAAGUGUUUCUGUCACAAUCAAAGUCUUAGAUGUGAAUGACAAUGCCCCAGAGUUCCCCCGAUUCUAUGAAGCUUUUGUCUGUGAGAACGCCAAAGCGGGACAGCUGGUCCAGACAGUGAGUGCAGUGGACCAAGACGAUCCCCACGGCGGCCAGCACUUCUACUACAGCCUGGCUCCCGAGGCUGCUAACAACCCCAACUUCACCGUAAGGGACAACCAAGAUAACACUGCCCGGAUUCUAACUAGGAGGUCUGGCUUCCGGCAGCAGGAGCAGAGUGUCUUUUACCUGCCCAUCCUGAUCACGGACAGUGGGCAGCCAGUGCUGAGCAGCACGGGCACGCUGACCAUCCAGGUGUGCAGCUGUGAUGACAGCGGCCACGUCCUGUCCUGCAGCCCCGAGGCCUACAUGCUCCCAGUCAGCUUGAGCCGCGGCGCCCUCAUUGCCAUCCUGGCCUGCAUCUUUGUCCUCUUAGUGCUGGUUCUGCUCAUCCUGUCCAUGCGGAGGCACCGGAAGCAGCCGUACAUCAUCGACGACGAGGAGAACAUCCAUGAGAACAUCGUCCGCUACGACGACGAGGGCGGCGGCGAGGAGGACACCGAGGCCUUCGACAUCGCGGCCAUGUGGAACCCCCGGGAGGCGCAGGCGGGAGGCGCCCCCAAGACGCGGCAGGACAUGCUGCCCGAGAUCGAGAGCCUCUCCCGCUACGUGCCUCAGACGUGCGCCGUCAACAGCACGGUCCACAGCUACGUGCUGGCCAAGCUCUACGAGGCCGACAUGGACCUGUGGGCCCCGCCCUUCGACUCCCUGCAGACCUACAUGUUCGAGGGCGACGGCUCGGUGGCCGGCUCGCUGAGCUCCCUGCAGUCGGCCACGUCGGACUCGGAGCAGAGCUUCGACUUCCUGACGGACUGGGGGCCCCGCUUCCGGAAGCUGGCGGAGCUCUACGGGGCGUCGGAGGGGCCAGCGCCCCUGUGGUGACGGAAGCCGGGAGGCCGGCGCGGGGCCAAACCCAGCCGUGCCGGGCGGGCGGAGGCUUCGCGGACCAGGCGCGGCCGACACAAGAGCAAUACCGUCCUGGAGAGAGAGGAUGGGCUGAGCGGGCGGACGGAGCUCUCUCUGGAUCAGCUUUACCGGGUUAGAUUAAGUUAAAUAGUCAAAAGGAAACACAGGAAGAGGGGGGCAGAAUCUCCAAUGACCUUUUCUUCUUUUUAAUUUGUGUGACACUCUAUUCAAAGGCGUGGAGUCCAAGGCUCAGUAUGGCAACUUUGGCUUUUCUUUGCCAUUCACCAAGGCCUUUGACACUGCUGCCUCAAAGAGGCUGUGCUUUUCAAUACAUAGGUGGCAAUGGGAAACAGAAAAGUCUAUUCUUCUAUGUUUUUUUUUUUAAAUCUUAUUUUAUUUUCCGUUUAAGAGUUUUGCUGGCUCAUCACACCGCACAAACCAACCCACACAAAAGAACACUGAAAUAGUCUUCUUCGGUGAAAUUAACCUACUCGAUCUGGGAUGGAUGGAAUUUCUUUUAACUCUUUUAAGACAAGGUUAAGGCCAAAUUGGCCUUGCA